AGGCUAGAGAAUUGAAUACUUAUAUAAUAGUAAAUUAUCAAAACAGAUACCAGACCGAACUUCCUGCUCUACAGACAAAGUUUGACGAAGCCGCGCUAGCAUGCAAAGCGCAAAUCAACAAAACUAUUCAUACCUGUCUGGCCUGUAUAGGAAGGAACCCCAAUUCUGACCAUUCACCGGACAGUUUUGGAUAUGAUAAAGUGAUUUUAGGUGUUAUCCCAGCCGUUAGUGAUUUGGACAAUUUCGGAAAUGGAGUUAAAGUUGCUUUGGAAAAGGAUCCAACUUUUUUUACGGAAACAUUUCCAGAAACAGUCGACAAAAUUGGAAAAGAGAUCGAUAUAUUUGUCACAGGCACUAUUCCAAAAACUGUCAAGAACAUUGGCAAAGAGAUUGAUAAUUUUUUCACUGGUAGACUACCAGCUACAACUGAAACUGUAGGAAAGCGUUUGGACAAAUUCUUCACCAGUACAAUACCGAAUUUAGGGAAAACAAUUGGUAAAGACUUCAAAAGAUUUGGUAACGCCAUUAAAGGUUUAUUCGGACUCAGAAGGAGAAGAGCAACAUCAGGGUGUCCUUCCUGCGACUUAAUCGACACAGCAAAGAAAACCGCGAAAGAAAUUUGGAGGGAUGUCUGCGGCGAUACCGUGUACAACAUCUUUAAAAAUAAAUAUACCAAUAUGGUAAACAUAUUCCAGUGGCUGAAGGAUGGAAAUAUAAUCGUUACCCAG